GUGUCGUAAAGCCUGAAGAGGCUGGUGUUGAAAAAGAGUGGAGACAGAACCCAUUGUGGUGUUGGAGAGAGGAGUGAGCUGCCGCCUGCCUGCCUGCCUGAGAGGGAAGAAAGAAAAAAAAAAGAGGAAAUCUCCGCGACCACAAAGGGGGGACUCGUUGAUGAGCGGAAAGAUACGGGACGUGACCGGACAACGCACACGUCGGUGGGCUUUGUGAAGACGGACCGUGACGUCCAGGCGGAAAGAGCCGGUAUAUGAAGAGUUAAGACCCGACAACACAACUGUUUAUUUCAGCAGCAGCAGCUAGCAGGCUAGCUGGCUACACACCCAGGAGCUAGACAUGGGAAGCCCGUGAGAGUUUGGUGUGAUUAGAGAUCUUGGAGCUGUCUGCAGGUUUCAGUCUGAGAGGAGGAUUCCUGCAGAGUCCGUCCACCGCCUCGUCAGGAAACGCAACUUUGAAGAAUGAUAUCAAUACGUGCUGCACCCUAAACUGUCAAAAAUGUGGAUUUAAAGCGUGCCUUUCUGCAGCCUCCACUUACAAAGAAGGCCUUCUGGCUCCAGGUUUCACACAAACACUGAGGAGGGAGAACAUGACUCACCGGGCCCUGCCAGAGACUGGCACGGGGCAGCUGUGCCAACCUCGCCACCGCCUGCCACUUUAGAAGCUAACGCCGUACACACCAUGACGGAGAGGCAUUGAGGUUAUCUCCCUGACGAUCAUCCUCCCUUUUCCCUCAAGGAUCCCCCUUGCCCCUCCCCCCGCCCCCCAUCAUGCUGCGCUUCCUGCCUCUCAAACUGGGCCGCCUGUACCGCUGUCUGAAGCUCCUGCUGGUGGUGGGAUUGUUUGUCAUCCUGUUGAUGAACACUCACAACCUGUUCGCCUCCUUCCAGAAGAACGAGCUGACGGACAGACGCUUCAUCAACCUCAACAAGUGUCCCGCCUGCUUCGGCACCAGCUGGUGUCGCAAGUUCAUGAACGGCCAGGUGUCCUUCGAGACCUGGGGUCGCCUCAGAUUCCUGGACGUGUUCAACGUCAAGAACGUUUACUUCGCUCAGUACGGCGAGCCCAGGGAGGGCACCCGCCGCGUGGUGCUCAAGCGGCUCGGCUCCAACCAGGAGCUGGCCGAGAUCGACCAGAAGAUCUGCAAGAGGGCGACGGGCCGGCCGCGCUGCGACCUCAUCCAGGCCAUGUACAAGACGGAGUUCGCCCGGAUCAACGGAGACGUGCGGCUGCUCACCCCGGAGGUGGUGGAGGGCUGGUCGGACCUGGUGCACUGCCCCUCUCAGAGGCUGCUGGACCGCGUAGUCCGCAGGUACGCUGAGACCAAAGACUCGGGCAGCUUCCUGCUGAAGAACCUGAAGGACACGGAGAGAAUGCAGCUGCUCAUGACAUUGGCAUUCAACCCGGAGCCCCUCGUACUACAGAGCUUUCCCUCCGACGAAGGAUGGCCGUUCGCCAAGUACCUGGGAGCGUGCGGGCGCAUGGUGGCCGUCAACUACGUGGGCGAGGAGCUGUGGAGCUUCUACAACGCGCCCUGGGAGAAGCGGGUGGACCUGGCGCGGCAGCUCAUGGACAUCGCCGAGCAGCUCACCAACAACGACUUCGACUUCGCCCUCUACCUGCUCGACGUCAGCUUCGACAACUUCGCCGUCGGCCCGCGCGACGGGAAGGUCAUCGUCGUCGACGCCGAGAACGUCCUGGUGGCGGAUAAACGGCUGAUCAAGCAGAACAAGCCAGAAAACUACGACGUGUGGUACGAGAGUCGCUUCGAGGAGUGCGACAGAGAGGCCUGCCUGUCGUUCUCCAAGGACUCGCUCUGCUCCCGGGUCACCGUGGACCACAACUACUACGCCGUGUGCCAGAACCUGCUGUCGCGGUAUGCUACGUGGCGGGGCACCACUGGAGGCCUCCUCCACGACCCCCCUGCCCACAUAUCCAAAGACGGACAACUGGAGGCGCUGUUGGACGAGUGCACCAGACCUAAGAAGCGCUACGGCCGCUUCCAAGCCGCAAAGGAGCUGCGCGAAUACCUCACACAGCUAGCCGCCGCCUCCUCCUCCUCGGCCUCAGCCAGGUAAUAAAAGGAGUCGGCGUUAGCCCCGACGCACUGACAGACUGGAUCCUGAACUCUUUAUCCCCCGGACUAUUGAGAUCCUGGUUCUUGUACAUGAUGUCAUUCGCCCGCCCUUUUGUGCACUGGAACUGGAAGGUGUUCACGGUCUUGCAUCAGGAAGUGUAAGACUCAAAACUUCAAAGCAAGAUUUGCUAAAGCUCUUGCUGUUCCCUGACUAUGAAAGAGGAGUGUGGCGCUAAGAGAUUCUGCUUAGAACCAGGAUGGAGAGGGGAUAGAGGUAACCUCUGCUCUCCCUGGGUGGGCUCCCAUCCUUAAGGGGGGGAGGGGUAGGGGGAGGGGAGAAAGGGCUCUGGUAAACGCAUCACUCACUGGACCCGGGCUAAAGCUAACCAGAGCAUCCAUGCAACAACGAGGCACAGCCCUGACCACAUCCAUCCUCCUGUUUAGUCUCCGAUCUGUGAACUGUUGUGUUUCAUGACAUUGACUCUUGAAUACCUGUCUCAUUUUAGCCCCCAGGGGGUCUUGUUUUUUCUUUACAUUUUGAAAAUUCUUUUCAGGGCUGGAUUUCCGUAGAUUGGUGCGUUUACAUUUUUUGUUUGCUGCGUUUUAUUUCUUUUGUCUCUCUCUCUCUGUAGCAUGGCUGCAGUGAAGGUAAAGGUAGCAUGAAUCUCCUGCUGUCAGGCCCAGCUCACAGCAGGUAGAAAGGAGAGGCAGGCGGGGGGUCGGGGUAAGGGGGGUUCAUGCACGAGGAAAAAAGAAAAUCCCCCUCAACGGUCACAUGAGUCUAAUUUCCUGCUUCUUCAAUCAGUCACUUGAUUUCCAGGUUCCAGGAUUGUGGCAAUCAUCUUUUUUUGUCUAAAUGUGUUUGUUUUUUUUCUUCAUAUAAUUGGAAACAGAGAGUGAGACAGCUGCACAUAGGAAAAGGAAAGGGAAUAACUGAACAGUGGUGUGUCCCUUGAUGCAGAUGUGCCUAUACCAAAGAGGCUAUAUGUAAUAUGAAGAACCGUGAGCGGUACAGAGAGACGGCACUUCUCCCUCCAGUCGAUCCCCCAGUAGAGCUGCGAUGUGUACACAGUCAGAGCUCCACGGCCUGCAUACUGAUUCUUCUGUUGUGAAAUGUUUUUGCGAGAAGAACCCCAAUCCAGAUGUGUACAAAUCAAACGACCCCCUCUGCUUUGUCAGCCUCCAGUAUAAUUGGUAAACGAUGACCAGAAAAGGAAUAAAGACGUUCUUCUUCAACCAAAAAUGAAACGGGGAUGGAAUGAUUCUUAGAGAGGAGUUUUAAAAAAAAAAAAAAAAAGCCCGCGUCCACCUAGCGUUUUCUUUCCUCAGCGCCAGCGUCUUUUUUCAGUUGUUUUCAGUGAGUAGAGAGCAUCCCAGCGUCUUUUUUCCAAGCGCUCUAAUGUUUUUGUGCGGCCGCUCCGAGCGCUCAAGUUGAAAAUCUUUCAACUUUUCAGAAAGUCGCUGAUGACGUCACCGGCGCUCUUUCCCACAUAUAUGAUAUUCUCCGUAUUUUAGCCUCCUACAGAUCGUAUCUUGUACUCACAUCCUCUUUGCUCCGUGUGCAAAGGGGUUAAGAAACGAUCUCAAAUAUAAAACAUGCAGUAAAAAGCCGUGUCGGUCGUACAGCGGUAACCGUUAUCAACACACUGUUGUCAUGGAGACAGGACGGACGUGCAGCGCUUUUCUUCUCAGAGCACAAACGCUUCAUGCAAAACACUCCCGAGCGUACAGCCAGCGCUUUUUACGCAGCAUAGCAGUGACCUCCAGCGCCAAAUUCUCCAUAAAUGUCUGUAAAUGAAUCCUUUAGUCAAACUUCUCCCGCUGGGUGCAGGAAGCUCCUCGACCUCCUCGCUGACCUGACCCGUUCUCUGAAAUCCUGCAGCCCGGAGAUUUCUUUCUUUUUUUCUUUUUUACACUCGCUACACGGAGAGCCGAGGAGUUUAAAGCACGAUCACAAACAUACAUUUAGAAACGACAGGGGAAAAGUCAAAUAACCUUAAAGGCAGGGUUGGUAAUGUUUUGAAAACUAGCAUGAUUCUGAAAGUAGCAUUCCCUCAGUGCUCCGUCUGCACCCCCUCCCCUCUGUGCUCCCUCUUAAGCCACGCCCCCUCAUGCUUUGAGUGUGGGCUAGAGCAUCAAGAGGUAGAGAGAGAGCAGGGAGACAGGGAGGCACCUGAUUGGUUCAUCAGAUUGGUACCUCGUGGCAGACAUUGGUUGAAGUUUUUACAGACUUACAAACUGAUACAGAUGAUGGAUUUUAUUUGUUAUUUAUUAAUUUCUGUCAGGACCUAAAGACAAAUUCAACCAAAAUCUUAAAAAAAAGUCGAUCUGGAGGAAAAUGACCAACCCUGCUUUUAAAGAAAAUCCCACUUCCUGUGUGUGUAGAACUUCCCGACAGAGAGCUUUAUAGCAUCGGCCAACAAUCACCUAAAUCUGAGCCGCUCCAUCUGACGGGGGGAAAACUAAAAACUCAGCAGUUGCUUUUUUUAAAAAUUAUUUUUAGGUCUUGCGCAGGACCUGGGCGGCUGACGUGACCCCCUUGUCAGUUAGGAAAAAGCAAUAAAGAGAAGUUUGGCUAAUAGGGUUUCUGACUUUAAACCCCCCCCCGCCCCCGACCCCCCUUUUCCUUUUCAGUCCCUCGCCUCUCUCGUUGUGUCUCACACCGUUCUUGUUUCCUGUGUUCCUGGAGGACGUCCAACCUGAACCUGGAGGGAUUCUUGCGUUUUGAACUAACUGUCCACUUUUGUACUGUACUUUUUCUUUGGAGUAUUAUAUCAGCAUUGUCUGAUUUUUCCUGUGCCUUUCAUUCAAAAAGUUGUAUUGACAACUUUUUAGUGGGUUUAAAUAUUAAAAUAAAAGAGGAUAUAUAUAUAUUAAAAUAUAUAUAUAUAUAGAUAUAUUCACUA